CGCGUUCGGGCAGAGGGAGUAAAAGCGUUCGUCUCGCGGCUCGUACAGGCCCGGCCAUCCCAUUCACAGUGCUGGUGGUGUCAUAUUGGAUAGUACGACGGGAAAACCAUCAAACCGUAUCGCACCCAAUUUGCUGCGAGAUAGUGUGGGUGUGUGUGUGUGUGUUUCGUUCUCUCAUAACGAUCACGUGUGACGCACCGGGGGCUCGGUGUGUAUGUGAACAUGUUUGCUUCCCAAAAUCGUGCUCCGUAAUGCUCCUUGUUGAUAAGCAGCAGCGCGUCGCCCUGUCUGUCGUGUGGUGUGUAUAAGAAGAAAACAACAACCAACCAAAAAAAAAAUGGUUAUGUUGCAAUAAAAAGUGACAGCUCACACUUUCGCUGAUGCCAUCAGAAACAAAACGUAGCAACCGUACCGCAAUGUCAACAGUCAGUGGCAACGACGCGUGUCACCGGCCGCCCCAGUGGCCAGACAAAUCGACGACGCGCAGGGCAGCCCUCCACGGUGGUGCUACAGCUGGUCAGGCUUAUCGUCCGUUUGCAGCCGCUGCCGCCGCCGCCACCGCCCCGGCCGUGUUUUGUCGUGUGAGGGGGCAGUUCGGGUGGCAAAACAAAGUGUCAAGAUCCGUUGUGUAAACAACAGGCGCUUCCGUGCAGGGGUAGGCGCGUUUGUUUUGAGCCUGGUGUCAGUUAAAUAGAGUGUUUGCGGGCGAGUGACGGAAAAAUCAGCGUGCCCGUGGUGAUGUGGUGAUUUCAGCACACGGUUCGCGGUGUAGUUCUGCUGGCCAGGAAAGUGUGUCGCUUGUUGCCCCAAAGUCAUAGCAAUAACCAACGGCAAAGUGGUACCGUGGCAGAUACUUGCAAGGAGAUGCCAACGAGAGCGAAGUGAAAAGUGGCCAGAGUGGCGGUGAAAAUCUUGAAGCAAGUUUGUUGCGUGAAGUGCAGUGAGUGGCAUGCGGAACCAUUGAAAAGCUCGGCGAAAAGUGUUUGCGCGGGUGUGGAGUGCACUUUAAAAAUAUUUCAAACCCAUCGCAUCUAAUUACACUGGGUGCCACUUUUUCUCGAGUGUGCCAUAGAGUGCAGAGAGAGAGUCAUCCUUUUGUCACGUGCGAAACCCGUGUACCAUGCAGUUCGGGUCCCACCGAAACGUUCCACGACUGUGAAGCACUGUGGUGUAGCUUCUUUCGCUCGGCAGCCUCCACCACCACCACCACCACCUCAGGCCAUUCCCGGUGGGUCAGUAGUGCGGAUCAGUGCGAGGCUUGAAUUAGCAUAAUAAUUCAUCUGCUUCGGUGGUGACGGCAUUGGUAAAGCGAAACGGCAAUUCAUUCCGAAAAAGAGGUGUUUUUUUGGCGUUUAUAUGAAAUAUAUCGGCCCCACAUUAUACCGCUAAUGUUGGCUGGCUGAUCCGUUGGUGGAGAGUUUCGCACGGAAUCGACACCCUCGGCGACUUCCACCGCGAAUAGUUCAGUGUGUGUGUGUAUGGAUAGGGCAGUGGUUUUGGUAAGUGGUCCCCGGAGGAGAGCGAUUUCUUGCCACUGAAUGCCGUAACCCGGUCCAACUGCAACGCACGGCCAGCCGGGUUCCGUAACCAUGAGGUAUUCCAUCGCUGCGCAGUGGAACUUUAUCGUCUGUGGAUUAAUUUUGGCAGCAUCCUUCAUUACCGGUUCCGGUACGAGUCGAAUUUUCGAUAUUGAAAACAUUCCCGUGGUCAAGUACGUAGCGGUCGCUGGCAAAAACAUUACCCUUGACUGUCCGGGCGUUAACGAGCGUUCGCUGGUGGAGACGCUAGUUUGGCGCACGUCCCAUACCAUCGCCGAGUACGUCAACGGUUUGCCGUUGGUCAGCAAUCAGCGGCUCACACUGCUGGGUGAUAAUUUUAGCCUGAUUCUUAGCCCUGCCAUCGCGUCCGAUACGGCCGAGUACAGCUGCCUGCUGAACGACCGGCACAGCCCGGAAGCCAUCGUUGAUUUGCUGGUACAAGAUGUGCCUGACCCGCCCGGACGUCCGCUGGUCGUAAGCUUCACGUCACGUUCGGUCGAUUUAUCCUGGGCCCACUCGCAGGACCCCCGAAAUGCACCGGUUACAAAUUUCAUCAUCGAAACACGCAUCGGUGAAAAUGGUGACUGGGAGCAGGAACCACCGAUACACACGAAAAGCAGCCAGGCGGCCCACCAGGUGACAGGGCUGCAACCGUUCACCGUCUACAGCUUCCGGGUGAUCGCCGUCAACAAGCUCGGCCACAGCCCACCGUCCAAGGAGUCGUACUACUUUGUAACGCUGCGCGAAGCACCGACGGGAAAACCGGUAACAACAAUCGCACACAACACGUCCGCCACCUCUGUAUAUAUCUCCUGGAAGGCACCGCCGCCGGAAUCGAUUCUCGGCGAGUUUCUCGGCUAUCGGAUAACGUACCGGCCCCGGGACUACCACACGGACGACGUCAAGGAGAUCUACAUCCGCGAUAGUACCGUCGAGAACCACGAAAUUCAUAACCUCGAAACGUACACGCAGUAUCUGGUCUCGAUACAAGUGUUCAACCCGGAAGGAUUAGGACCGCCGACGACCGUUCUGGUUAUGACAGAUGAAGGAGAACCAAGCCCACCCCAGAACCUGACCGUGCUGGAGGUCACAUCCACGACGAUCAAGCUGACCUGGCGCGAACCGGAAAAGGCUAACGGGGCCAUCCACGGCUACCGGGUGUACUACAUCCAUCAAAACCAGACCGAUCUGCACAUGCCGAUACUGAAGCUGAACGAAAUGCAGAACUCGGUCUAUCACUACACGCUAUCGAAUUUAAAACCGUUCACCGAGUAUCGCAUUCUGGUGACGGCGUUUACGAAGAAGCACGACGGCAAACCGUCCGAGGUGACGCAGCGUACCGAUGUGAGCGGUCCCAGUGCACCGAAAGUGGUCAACCUGACGUGCCACUCGCACAAUGCGCUCUACUAUGGUUGGCGCAUUCCGCAGACCUUCUACAAUACGAUCGAUCUGUACAUAAUUAGCUAUCGGAACAUUGCGUACCACGAGUUUCGCGAGAUACGCAUCACGGUCAAUGCUUCCAUCAUGGAGACUUCGCUGAUCAUUCCGAACCUUACGAGCAACGCGGUGUACGAGGUAAAGGUGCGGGCAGCAUCGACGAGCGUUAUCAAUCCGAAGCAAAUGAUACUCGGUUCAUAUUCCGAGCCACGUAAGAUUUCACUUCAACCCAAUUGCGAGAUAGCUCCACUAAAGUCGCAAAGACAGGCGUACGACGAUUACGAUUUGGCGGUGCUGGCCGGCAUCGUAUUCAGUUGCUCCGUGGUGCUGCUCAUCGCGCUGGCGCUCAUUCUUUGGAAAAAGUGUUUCCACGCGGCCUACUACUAUCUGGACGACCCGCAGCCUUGUCAGGGCGCACAGGCGGGACUGAUCGAUUGGGAAGCACCGAGCGAGAUCGGUGGCGAAGUGCGCGGACCAGUGGCGGUGGCCGACUUUGCGAAACACGUUGCCCAACUGCACGCGGACGGUGACAUCGGUUUCAGCAAGGAGUACGAAGCGAUCCAGGGCGAAGCGCUCAACGAUGAGUACCCGUCGGAGAACUCGCAGCAUCCGGAGAACAAGGGCAAAAAUCGGUAUCUGAAUGUGAUCGCCUACGACCAUAGCCGGGUGCAUUUGCGACAAGUGCCGGGGCAGAAGAAACAUCUUGACUACAUCAACGCUAACUUUAUCGAUGGGUACCAGAAACCGCGCGCAUUCAUCGGCACCCAGGGCCCACUGCCCGGGACGUUCGAUUGCUUCUGGCGGAUGGUGUGGGAGCAGCGCGUCGCAGUCAUCGUGAUGAUCACGAACCUGGUCGAGCGGGGCCGUCGAAAAUGUGAUAUGUACUGGCCGAAGGAUGGUACCGAAACGUACGGUAUUAUACAGGUGCGCCUGGUCAAGGAGGACGUGAUGGCGACGUACACCGUGAGAACGCUGCACAUCAAGCAUCUGAAGAUGAAGAAGAAGAAACAGUCGCAAAUGGAGAAAACCGUCUACCAGUAUCACUACACGAACUGGCCCGACCACGGUACGCCCGACCAUCCGCUGCCGGUCAUCAACUUUGUGAAGAAAUCAACCACCGCCAACCUGCCGGACGGUGGCCCGAUAGUGGUGCACUGUUCGGCCGGGGUCGGCCGCACGGGAACGUUCAUCGUGCUGGAUGCAAUGCUGAAGCAGAUCGAGGCGAAGGGCUCGCUGAACGUGUUCGGCUUUCUGCGGUACAUUCGCGCCCAGCGCAACUAUCUGGUGCAGACGGAGGAGCAGUACAUUUUCAUCCAUGACGCGCUGGUUGAGGCGAUCACUAGCGGUGAGACAAACAUCAAGAUGGAUGCGAUCGGUGGGUUGGUGAACCAUCUGGAUUACAUCGAUGCACAGUAUAAGCUUAUUGUGAGUUAUCAGCCCAAGGAGAUCAAUUUGACCUCCUCCCUGAAGCCGGUCAAUGCAAUCAAGAAUCGUAGCUCGCUGGUGCCGUUGGAGGGUAGCCGGGUGCAUCUCACGCCGAAACCAGGGGUGGAAGGAAGCGACUAUAUCAACGCCACCUGGCUGCACGGUUUCCGCCGGCUACGCGAUUUUAUCGUCACCCAGCAUCCAGUGAUCGAGACGUUCAAAGACUUUUGGCAGAUGGUAUGGGAUCACAAUGCUCAAACAGUAGUACUGCUCUCGUCGGUGGACAAUAUGUCUUUCUUGCAAUUUUGGCCUAACGAGUCGGAACCGAUCGAAAGCGACUACUAUCGCAUCCGGAUGGUGUCGGAAACGUCGGAGGAUAAUCACAUCGUGCGAAACUUUGUCAUACAAUCGAUACAGGACGAUUACGAGCUGAGCGUCAAGAUGCUGGAAAAUCCUGGCUGGCCCGACAUGAACAACACGCGCUCGAUAUUCGAUUUCGCCGUGCGUGUCCACGAACGCUGCAGCGAAUACAGGAAUGGGCCGAUUGUGGUAGUGGAUAGAUACGGUGGGUUCCAGGCGUGCCAGUUUUGCGCCAUCAGCUCGCUAGCGAUGCAGCUAGAGUACGACCAGACCGCCAACAUUUACACCUACGCCAAACUGUACCACAACAAGCGACCGGGCAUCUGGACGUCGUACGAUGACAUUCGGCAGAUUUAUCGGAUACUGUCGUACAUGCCGAAAGAUCUCGGGCUGCUCAAGUGCACCGAGCUGCGUACCGAGUUCGACGAUGCGGCCAUGAUGACGGCGACACCCGACCUGUACAGCAAAAUCUGCAGCAAUGGCAGCAUUAACAAUCAGCUGACCGGUGGCACCCCGGACGGGGUGGGCAAUGGCACAACGACGACAACCACUACAACGACCACCUCGAUUAAUGCGCCGCCGGGCAUGACGAUUCCGGGCGUGGUAGCGGGAACACCGAACUCCGUCUGCCCACCCAUGAUAGGGAUGGGUGGAACGACGCCGCCGCCGCCCGCAACACUGCAGAACGGUGGUACCGUGAUCGUGAAGAUGAACGGUGACGACAACGACGAGCUGUCGGUCGUGGUAGCCACCGGCAAUCACCAUCUAAACCUGGACCACAAUCAGACGUAAAUCGUAAAUCCCCCAACUAGUUUGCCCUGGCUGCAGAAGCUUCCUGCGGGUGAAUGCGGGCGAAAGUAUUUAUUUGCAUUUAAUAUGUCCUUAUUUUUGCAAGGAUUUUUUGAGGUUAUUGCUAAAGAGAGGAGCGAGGCGCAGAAGAGACCCCAAUGGCUGGAACGCUCCUAUCGCUUCCCUCUCUUUGGUGGCCGAUUUGUCAUAUUUUACCGGACAGCAUUCACUUUUAUACCGUUUAUAGAUACGUCGUGACCAAUUUAUACAGAUAUAAUUUAAGAUCAGUAUUUAGUAUAUGUAAUGUAACGAAUGCGCAUGCCGGGCCCGAUUGCUGCUUUUGUGCGACGGCGCCACCAACAGCACCCGCUGUUGUGAGAUAUUACCAUUUAGUACUCGUUAAUCCUUAAAGGACCUUUACCGAACUAAUCCUGAUAUGCAACUGCGAAACACAUAUACACCUACACAAAUAUGCACUAAAUCUAGUCGUCAAAAGUUCGGUAUAAAAAUGCGCGCCACAAUUGAGCGCUUUGGCCGUAAAAAGAUAGUUGAUUUAACUGUGUGUGGCUACCAGCUCACCCUCCGGUAUCCUACAGACACUGAAAACUAUUGCCAACAAGCUAAUAGUUCUUGUUCUGAAAAAACGAUACUGUUCAGCCAAUGGUAGUUGUGCAUUUUAAUUAUUUCCCUUUUUCGCUUAUAUUGAGGAAGAUUUCUAUCGGGAGAGAAAAAGAAAAAGAUAAUCAUAUUGAUUAUGAUUCCACAGUUUCUACUACUUCAUUUCGUGUAGUGGGUUUCGAACGAAUCUCGUGGAGCUAGCGCUCCCCUCUUCGUUCGAUCGCGCUUAUUUCCAACUCAUUGGUGCACGGACGUUAAGUUCAGCUGCUUAAGUGCCGUUGUUUACGAUAAGUUUAGUACCAUAAUACCUACAAUAGUUACGAUUUGUAUAUAGUCAUUAUAAUUGCCCCAUAAUUACCGCUAAGCAAGCAUUCGAAUCGCCCGGGCCAUGUCUUACAGAGUGGACAGCUGUACUGGAAACACUCCCCGCAAAGGACGAACAAUCCUUAAUAUGCGCAAAUAUCCGAUCCUAUUCCAAUUGGUUGUGUCUCAUACGUAACACCACUGGCUCCUCUAUGGAUGCACGCACCAGUGUCGGAUCCGUUUGAUUUGAAAUUCAAAUAUUUUAUGUCGAACUAAGUCAGCCCAAACGGUCGUUAGGCCGCACAAUUCAACACUCUUUCUACAUCAGCAUGCCCCAAGGUACAGGCCAUAGCUCGCUCAUUUGGCCAAUUGACCAUACACAGUGAUGUGAGCAACAAACAGUAAAAAAAAAAACAAAACGUUAUUAGAUAAAAGUAACGUUAAGAUAAAAACAAAU